CUCACUUUCACUUCUCUCCCUCGUCUCCUCCAUGGUCAAUCGGGUGAUCUGAAGGAGGAGGAGGCGGCGGCACUCCAAACUUUAGCGACAUGGCAAUGCGGUUGGCGGCUGCGGCCACGUUCGUGCGGCGCCUGGCGCCGGCGCGCCCACCAGUACGCAUCCUGGCGGCGGCAUCUACGGCGGAAGCGGAGGCAGUGACGUGCGGGCGCGGGGACAAGAAAACCAAGCGCGGGAAGCGGUUCAAGGGCUCCUUCGGCAACGCACGGCCCAAGCGGGAGAAGAAGAUUGAGCGCAUCAAGGACCGCGUCGAGGUGCCCCGCUCCACACCCUGGCCCCUCCCCUUCAAGCUUAUCUGAGUUGGAGACUCCCUCCCCCCUCGGUUCGCGAGGGCACCUAGGGUUUACUGCAACAGUUGCUGCUACUUGGCCGUUUCCAAUUAGCUGCAACCCUGCAUGGGCGUGUGUUUGCUUUGUUUUAACUUGUUUCUCAAUUGUGUGGUGUUAGAUAUGUACUGUCGAACUGCUGUAGUUCAACUUUGACCCAUGCAAUAUCCUUUUGGAUGGAAGUGAAAUAUGUUUCUUCCCAUCAUUUUGUUAUUGUAUGCAUAACUGGAAAAUGAAUUUGUUCUUUAUCCAUCAGCAGUUAA